CUACGCAAAUCACUGCAAGCCUCCUACGCGGUGGACCCUACAAGCCUCGGCGGGGACCAAAGAUGCAGCUGCUGUUGAGGAUCCCUUCGCUUCCAGAAAGGGGCGAGUUGGACUGCGGCAUUUGCUACCGGCCCUACGAUCUGCAGGGCCGGGCGCCACGCCGCUUGCCCGGGACAGCACGGCAGCGUUGCGGUCACACUCUCUGUACCGCUUGCCUACGGGAGCUGGCGGCCCGCGGCGAAGGAAGCUGCGCAGCCGCCCGGGUGGUACGCCUACGCCGGGUAGUCAUUUGCCCCUUCUGUCGCGCGCCCUCACUAGUACCACGAGGCGGCGUCACACAAGUACCUUUGGACCCGGACCUAUGGUCUCUCCUGAAGGAGAAAGAACGAGAAAAGGAAGAUGCUGCGAACUCGGGGGGAGAGUGCGGUGGCGCUUCAGAAAACGUGAGCGAAGAUGAAGAGAAAGAGGCGGGGCCCUGGGGCGCGGCUUGGCGAGCGCUCCUAGGGCUCUGGGACAAAGCGGUGAGCCGACGGCGACGCCCGUUGCCUAGCAACGUGGUUUACUGCUGUCCAGAAAGCAAGACCCUUGCAGCCUACUACUUGCGCUGAGAAUACCUGGACUGUAACCUGAAAAUGGAAACAACCUGGCUCCUUUUUGCUGUUCACCCAUGAGGGUGGACCAGGGCCAUUGUUCCUCCCUGCUGGUUCCAGAGGUUUGUAGGUGAAUGUGAGGAUGGAAAUGAAAACUCAUGAGGUAGUAUAGCUGCCUCCUUAACUCAGGCUCUGGCCUCAAUCCUCCAUUAUUCCAGAAGCUGACUCUCACAACCUAGAACAUAUACUUGUGGAAGGACAGAUUCAUGAUGGUUCCUUUGGCUUGUCUGUUGGAGCAGCUGCCAUGUUAGCAUUUCUGCAAAAUGGUUUGAGAUAUAGAAAUGGCACAGUAGGAAGGACCUAUUUUUAAUUCCAAGUGAAUGAAUUCCUUCCCUCUGGCAUUAAGAGAGUCAAGAAAGUACCUGUUACCUUGUUGCCAUAUUAUCAUUAUUGCUUCUUCCCCCUCCACCACAUCUCAUUGUAUUUUGUAUGGACUUUUAGCACUGAUUUAUGUAUACUUCUUAUUUCUCCUAGAGCUAAGCCUAUCAAGGACAAGAAACCAUUUUAUUUGUAUUCCCAGUUCCUAAUAAACAAUACAUUUGUAAAUUUAAUAGAAUUUCCUUAUUUUUCUUUUACCAUCCUUUAACUAUGCUCUUAACUACUCCUGUUCCUGGUAGCUGCUCAUUCUUCCCUAAUUUGGGGGACAGCUGUCAUCUUGUCAUCAGAAGACAUGGUGAACAGCAAAUGAAUACAGCUCUUUGCCCCAAUUCUCUUGAUGCUACCCUUACUUUUGAAAUGUAUCCUGUGAAAUGGCAGGGCCCCCUACCACUGGCUACCAACUGGUUUUCUGUCGUUUGUCCAUUUUUUCACUCCUUAACUACUCAGUAAAUCCAUUAACCUCUUAACCUAUGCUCAAACUAUACCUGGGGAUUGAUAACCCUGUAGCUGUUCCUCCUCCACAAAUUAUUUAACUAAACAACUUGGUGACUGUUGUGGGCUAUACGAAGAGGUGGAAGAGAAAUAGAAAAGUUUGGCAUCUAUUUAUUUGAACACUCCUACUUUUCCUCCCCCAAAUCCUGGUACCUCUCCCAUACUACAUGGUACAGUAGAAAGGCUUUGGGUUUGAGUUCUACCUCAGACUGUUGUCACUUAUAUGAUCUUGGGAAAAUUAUCCUCCCUGGGCCUCAGUUUCCUUAUUUAAAAAAAAAAAAAAAAGGCAGUUUGAAUAGAUGGCCUUCUUCAAUCUCUUCUAUUCAGCAUUCUACUCUUGACUUCACCCUCCUGAGCCAGCUUGACUAUCCUGAGACCUGGCCAAGUUAUGCUUAGUCACAUUUU